ACAAUCAUGCAGUGUUUUUUAAAAACAUACGGACUCAACCAAAAAAGAGAGUGCAAAGCAUCUGAAUCUACAGAGUUCAACUGGGAAAAAUACAACCUGCGGCUUUUUGCUAUUUUGCUUUUUGACGUGGCAAAAUCAAGAGAACCGGGGACAUGUCGGACAGAUGGUUGAUUUUGAAAGAAAACCGUCUUUCGGGGAAUUUCAUCCCAUCCGGUCAGCAGCUCCACAGGACUCCACCUCUGACAGUUAGGAAACACCUGGAUUUUUGUGAUGAAGAUUCAACUGAGGAUCAAGAGGAAGCACGGCAGAAUACGGAGGCUGAUAGUGGAGAUGACAGUCACCAAAACAUGACGUUUGAUUUCAGCAAAAACACAGAAAACAUUUCAGAUGACCCUACCUCCAUGCUGAAGGGGAUGAAGGGGUAUCACGUGACACCAAGUGACUUGGAGUUUAUUAUGAAGAUUAAAGAAGAGAAAGUUAUUAAGGAACUGGAGAGAGAUCUGGACGAGGUGCAGAGGUUGUUACAAAAGGAAAAAAAGGACCUACAGUCGACGUAUGUUUGCAGGGACACGCACCUGGCUGAACUUGAAAAGUUUCCAUCCUGCGAAGACAUCACUGCGUGGGCGAAGGUGGUCCUUGAAAUGACUUCACCAUCGACCGUGUUAACAGACCAAGACGCUAAGUCCCUGCUGGCCAUGGUGACGUCAGAAAACAUCCAGAAAGUCAUGGAUAAGAAGAAGACUGAGGUUGCUCGCUUGCAGAAGAUGCUGGCAAACAAGAAGAAGAAAGAGGCCACAGAGAAAGACCAGCUUGAGAAGCAAAUUGUCAGAGAACAGCUGAAGAUACAGACGUUAACAAGACAGUUAUUAGACCUGCACUCAGAGCUCGCACAAGAGGAGGAAGCCUACAAAGCUCUUGAAAUGCAGAUUAAAGCCCAAGAAGCAACAGAAAUCAAAGAAGAAGCAGAUGCCUCAGAGGAGCCACAAGUUGCUAAAAUACACACAAAACGCAGAGGAAAGGAAGGGAAAGUGGCUGUUAAUACUACUGAGAAGUUGCAAGACACAACAAACCAAAGUAAAUCAACAAGGAGCAAACUCACUGACAGUAAAGCAGACAGCCAGACCAGUGCGGUAGCUACAAAUACAGGUGAAACUGUGAAGAUGGAGAAGUCAGCUAAAGAAGCCAGAGGGCCGCAGAAGAAAGUCGAAGGGUUAAAUUCACAAGUGCAAGCUGUGAGAGGCAGAGGAAAUCCUCCUGGAGCUGCAAAGCUGAAAAAUCAAAGUUGCAUGAAAAGCGAGGAGGCUCAGUCCACGUCGCAGCCGGCGGCUUCUUCACAAGGCAGAAAGAAAGGUGCUAUAGCUGCAGGUGAAGCGGGAGAAACUGGUCUGAGAAGAUCCAAGAGGAUCGCCAGCAGAAGUGAGUGUGUUUGAUGAUUUUGCUCAAGGAGGUAGCUGAUGCUGCCUGCUGACC